UCCCAUGGUGCUUUGCCGACGGAACUCGAGGAACCAUAUUGAAAACUCUGUUGCUCGAAAUUUACAGAGUAGUGUGUAGAAAAUCUUGUUUAAAUUGUUCUUAAAAUUGGUUAUUUUGUUUUCCAGACGUAGAUUAACUGUGAUCAACUUCCAAGAUGCCGCGGAUAAUGAUAAAAGGAGGUGUUUGGCGAAAUACCGAGGAUGAAAUUCUUAAAGCAGCUGUUAUGAAAUAUGGCAAAAACCAGUGGUCCCGUAUCGCUUCCCUGUUACACAGAAAAUCUGCCAAGCAGUGCAAAGCUAGAUGGUAUGAGUGGCUUGACCCAAGCAUUAAGAAGACAGAGUGGUCACGUGAGGAGGAGGAGAAGCUGCUUCAUUUGGCUAAGCUGAUGCCAACUCAGUGGAGGACGAUUGCUCCAAUCAUUGGAAGAACAGCAGCUCAGUGUCUGGAGCAUUACGAGUUCCUGCUAGACAAAGCUGCACAGAGAGACAAUGAGGAGGACACUGCUGAUGACCCUCGUAAGCUCAAACCAGGCGAGAUUGAUCCCAACCCAGAGACGAAGCCCGCCAGGCCCGAUCCUGUUGAUAUGGAUGAAGAUGAACUGGAGAUGCUUUCUGAGGCAAGAGCUCGUCUGGCUAACACUCAGGGUAAAAAGGCUAAAAGAAAAGCAAGAGAGAAGCAACUAGAGGAAGCCAGACGACUUGCUGCGCUUCAGAAGAGAAGGGAGCUGAGGGCAGCUGGCAUUGAGAUACAAAAGAAAAGGAAGAAGAAAAGAGGUGUGGAUUACAAUGCUGAGAUCCCCUUUGAAAAGAAGCCAGCUCAAGGUUUUUACGACACUUCAAUGGAGAAUUACAAAGCCUUGGAGCCAGACUUUAAAAGGCUGCGCCAACAGCACCUUGAUGGAGACUUGAGAUUUGAAAAAGAGGACAGAGACCGCAAGAAAGAUAAACAGAAGAUAAAGAAGAAGAAGGAAUCAGAUCUCCCUUCUGCUAUUUUGCAGACCAGUGGAGUAUCAGAGUUUACAAAGAAGAGGAGCAAAUUAGUUCUCCCAGCUCCACAGAUUUCCGAUUCUGAACUGGAGGAAGUUGUAAAACUUGGACAAGCUAGUGAGCUGGCUCGUCAGACGGCCGAAGAGUCUGGAAUUACGAAUUCUGCGUCCAGUGCGUUGCUGUCUGAAUAUAAUGUGACCAACAAUGCAAUGGCACUGCGCACUCCAAAAACACCAGCUGCUCAGGACAGGAUUCUACAGGAAGCUCAGAACCUGAUGGCCCUGUCGAAUGUGGAUACACCUCUGAAAGGUGGUUUGAACACUCCCCUUCAUGAGAGCGACUUCUCAGGAGUUACUCCCCAGAGACAAGUUGUCCAGACACCUAAUACGGUGCUUGCCACACCAUUCAGAACGCCAACUAAUGGAACAGAUGGGUUGACCCCACGUGGUGCGCUCACACCUAAACCAGCUCUUGGAAUAACCCCUGGAAGAACCCCUUUACGCGACAAGCUCAACAUUAAUGCUGAAGAGGAAAUGGUUGAUUAUAAUGAUCCAUCCUAUUCUAAGCACCUGGAAAGAGAGUCACGUGAACAACUGAGAAUGGGCUUGAUGGGUUUACCAGCACCAAAAAAUGACUUUGAGAUCGUCCUUCCGGAAAAUGCUGAAAAAGAACUGGAAGAACAUGAAACAGAUGAGAGCUUUGUAGAAGACGCAGCAGAAAUUGACAUGAGGAAACAGGCAGUCAGAGAUGCAGAACGCGAAAAGGAGUUAAAGCAAAGACAUAUGGCUGUACAGAGGAAUUUUCCAAGACCAUCAGAAGUAAAUGAGACCAUCUUAAGACCUUUGAAUGUGGAACCACCUUUAACAGAGAUUCAGAAGGCAGAAGAAAUGAUAAAGAAAGAAAUGAUCACCAUGAUUCACUUUGACAGUUUGCAUCACCCCUACACAGAUGCUUUGGGUAAAAAGGCUAAAGGACUGGGGUCUGGGUCGAACAAUGCAGAGCAUGUAAUAUACCUGGAACGUAACCUGUAUGAAAAAAUGCAGGAAGAUGAUCUGAAAAAGGCUGCUGAGCUGUUGGCACAUGAGAUGGAGGUGGUGAAGUAUGGCAUGGGGCAUGGAGAUCUCUCGAUUGAUGCUUACAACCAGGUGUGGGAAGAGUGCUACAGCCAGGUGUUGUACCUUCCUGGGCAGGGGCGAUAUACACGAGCCAAUCUGUCCAGCAAAAAGGACAGAAUCGAAUCUCUGGAAAAGAAAUUGGAGAUCAACAGGGGACACAUGACGAUGGAGGCAAAGAGGGCGGCAAAGAUGGAGAAGAAAAUGAAGAUCUUGCUGGGUGGUUAUCAGUCGAGAGCAAUGGGGCUCAUAAAACAGAUGAAUGACCUGUGGGAUCAGAUUGAACAGGCUAACCUGGAACUGCACACAUUUGAGGAGCUGAAGAAACACGAGGACACUGCCAUCCCAAGGAGACAAGAGGCACUUAAAGAGGAUGUCCAGAGGCAGCAGGAGAGAGAAAAAGAACUACAGCAAAGAUAUGCUGACCUUCUUCUGGAAAAAGAGACUUUAAUAUCUUCCAAGUUUUAGAGCAAACAUCUGUUGUGAGGUCCAAUGGUGCAUGCAUCCAAGCCCAAUAAAGUUAUUACUGUGAUUUUUGUACAGACUGCAAGACGAAAGCUUUUCAGUUGUCAUUUUCUGCAGUUGUGAGUUUGGAAAUCGAUGUAGUUUUUUAUUUCACAGGCUUGCUACAACAUUCCUCAGUUCUGCCACAGACAAAUAUGUAUCUUAUUGUUGGGCAUUGCAAGACUCUUAUUUUCAUGAAACAGAUGAUUCAAGAGGGGAAAAAAAAGCUUGCGGAUGAAUAAAUGUGAUAUUUAAAUAUUAAACCCCUAUGCCAGAGGUGGCCAAACCAUGGCAAACAGCAUGUGGCUCCUGGUGAAAUGCUGGGUGAUGCACACUUUGCAGCUCAAAUGAACUGAAGAAAGAAUAAUAAACAAAAAGAAGAGAAAGUACAAAUAAACACAAGGAGUUUAUUCUUGUUCUUUGUAUUCAUUCGUGUUUAUUAUUCUUUUUUCAUUUGUUUGGAGCCUGCAUGUACACAGCAAGGACAUUUUGUCACUUGAUGACGUACACCGCAUGCUGGCCCAUGUGUAUUUCGAUCCCCUCGAGUGAAAGACGAAUAUGCAGUUGAAAGUCAAUUUUGUAGUUUUUAAUCAAGUGCUCGUUUGUUUGGUGUAGACAAUGGCAUUGAGCAAACCAUCUACGAGUAAUAAGCCAGAAUGGGAGGAAGAGUGCUUUCAUUGAAAACAGUGGUACACCUCUUUGUCUCAUCUGCAACAAAUCGCUUGUUACACACUAGUCUGUACAAGGCAAGCAACCUCAAAUGUCAUUAUGAAACGAGUCGCAACAAAUGUUCAUCUAAAUAUCCUCCUGGAUCAGACUUGGAGAAACAAGUUAGCAUCUUUAAAAGCAUGCUUCAGCAGUCUGCUGGUGCACCUUUCAGUAUGCAGUAAAGAAGCUGAUCGACUCAGUUUUGAAUCGCAUGGAGUAUUGUUGGUGUCAAAUGUCCUUAUUCAGAUAAAUUAAUCUUUUUAACAAAUUGUGUUGGUGCUAGACUAGAGAAUGCAUGUUUAAAUGUUAUAUUGCAGGUCUAAAAUUAUAUUUAAAUCUCUCGCAUCUCAUCAUGCGCAGGCACUGUAAUACCUUUCAAAAUCAAUCAAUAUUUUAUAUAGCGCCUUUCAUAGUGGACAACCACCACUGGCAUGGAAUUAUGUUUGUCAUUGUUCGAGGACCUAAUCAUAAAACAGCGACUAAAUACUGUAAAAUAACCUUGGUACUAUUGUUUUAAAUAAAUGAGCUAAUUGGCCUGAAAUCUUGAAAUAUUUUUU